CCGCUCGGAGCUAGUCUUGGCUCCCUUCCUCGCUACCAACAUAUGCAGCGGAUGAGAGCCUCACUGACGACAUGUGCUAGUCCCAGGCUACACAUUGUUAAAUGGACCACAAAUUCCCUUGUAUAUUUCUUCCUUUAUAUAUCCUUCUCUAAACAAUCUCGCAGCCAAAAUCCACAACUCAAAUCCAUCGAGUCACCAUGGGGAAAACGCGUGUCUGGAAGUUGGAGAAUUUCUCGCAAACAGUCGGAGCUUCAAAAGUUACGACGGGCCAGAUGACGGGGCUGUUUAAGCAUGCUCCGGGUGGAAAGAACCUGCUCAUUGACUUGCCUUUAGAAAUUCUGGAGAUGAUCUACGAAUUGGCCUUUGAAUCCGAUGACUGUAUUCGUAUCACACAACACAGGCCAUCAACACGAGCCUACAGCAAGGAACUCCGGGCUCGCAUGAAUACACGCGGAGUUACACCACUUCUUCGAGUCAACAGAUUCCUGUAUCUCAACGCCUCACCGGUUUUCUACCGUAUCAACAAGUUCGUCGCUACUGCCGCUAAACGACGCCAUUGGGAUUGUCAUGAACUUAGUCGAUCUCACCCGGACCGUGGAACGAAAUUUCACUCCCUGGAGCAGUUCAUCAGAGUUAUACCAACGCAGCAUCUCGGUUGCAUCAGACAUCUGCAAUUGAACAUGGACGGCGACAAUUGUUCAUGGUGCUGCCGCAGUAUUCUGGACAUCGUAACUUGUCAUUUUCCAGGCCUCCGAAUACUGGAGCUGGACCGGUUCUGCAACGAGCGCGUCCCCGAUCUGGUGAGCAAUCCGAAGAAGUGUCAGAGGGUGUUUGAGCGGACUCUCCAGACGCUGCAGAGGAUGAGGAAGUUGAAGAAGUUGCAACAGCUAAGGAUCACGGGAUUCUUCAAGGAUUUGGAAUUCCCACGCCGGGUUCGGGAGUCGCUGAAAGAUGUGUGUAGAGUGGAUUUUCAGGGGGCGGCUUUUCAGCAUCCAGAUUCAUUUUCUCAAGGUUGGAUGGGGUUGUGGAAUGAAUGUUUGAAUGCCGUAUUUUAAGCACUUUUUGGUCAGCUGGUGGAAGGAGUAGAUUGGACCCAGGUCGAGAGAUUUUGAGUUAUAUAGCAUUGGUUGUUAUCAUGCUUUUGAUUUGUUUCUUUAUUUCGGCAUCUCGAGACAAGAGGGGCAGCAAUUUGAGG